AAUCAAUGCUGAUGGUGAAGAUGAAAUUGACGAGAUGAGAUGAGAUGCGGCAGACCAACACACUUCUGUCCUUCUUCCUCACAUCCUGACACCGCCACCGCCGCCUGAUUGAAGUCAUUGUUCGCCAGCCGACGUUACAACAACAACACCACCAACACCAACAUCUACGAACUUUUGCAGCGACAGUUAUGGUCAAGGGCGAUCCAUUCAAGCCCGCCAGCAGAGUGGCUGGCACGAGGCAGGAUGUGUGGAGUAUCGUCAACGAGGCUGCUUCACAAUCCGAGAAGCCGGUUGUGAACAUGGGUCAAGGCUUCUUCGGCUACAACCCUCCCAAGUUCGUACUCGAUGCCGCCAAAGACGCCUUGGACCGGGUCGAAUGCAAUCAAUAUUCCCCCACCGCAGGCCGACCACGUUUACGAAAAGCCAUCGCCGAUGCCUACUCGCCCUGGUUCGGCAGACCACUCGACCCGACAAAAGAAGUCACCAUCACCACGGGUGCCAAUGAGGGCAUGUUGUCGGCAUUCAUGGGCUUUGUCGAGCCUGGCGACGAAGUGAUUGUCUUCGAGCCAUACUUUGAUCAGUACAUUUCCAAUAUUGAAAUGCCAGGCGGUAAAGUCGUCUACGUCCCUCUCCAGCCACCCAAGGAAGGCGCGACGAAAGCUACGAGUGCGGGGGAAUGGACAUUGGAUAUCAAAGAGUUUGAAGCAAAAAUCACGGAUCGUACGAGAAUGGUAGUGAUUAAUACGCCGCACAAUCCUGUGGGCAAGGUGUUCAACAAGCAAGAGUUGCAGGCAAUUGGAGAUCUCUGCGUCAAGCACAACAUCAUCAUCCUCUCCGAUGAAGUCUAUGAUGCACUCUACUAUGUGCCAUUCACUCGCAUCGCUACAUUGUCGCCGGAGAUCGCCAAAUUGACCUUGACGGUCGGCUCCGCGGGCAAGCUGUUCUACGCAACGGGGUGGAGAGUGGGCUACUUGAUUGGUCCGGAGCACUUGAUCAAGUACGUGUCUGCAGCACAUACGCGAAUCUGCUAUAGCAGCGUGAGCCCACUGCAAGAAGCUACGGCAGCUGCGUUUGAACAAGCAGAUGAACAUAAUUUCUGGCAGGAGAGUAAGACGGAAAUGAAGAGCAAGAUUGAUCGGUUCACGGAGGUCUUCAAAGAGCUCGAUCUGCCCUAUUCUGACCCCGAAGGCGGAUACUUUGUCAUGGCCAACCUUAGUAAGGUGAAGCUCCCUGAUGAUUACACAUUCCCACCACAUGUUGCGAAUCGACCCCGGGAUUUCAAGCUCUGCUGGUUCCUCAUCAAAGAGCUGGGAGUAGCCGCCAUUCCACCGACCGAAUUCUUCACGGAUGCGAAUGCACACAUUGUGGAGGAUUGGCUGCGGUUCGCGGUUUGCAAAAAUGAUGAUGUCCUUGAGCAGGCCAAGGAGCGGUUGAGAGGUCUGAAGAAGUAUAUGCAGUAGCGCUACUACUGUUGCUUUCAUGGCUUCAGGUGGGUGUGAUAUGCUGUUGCCGCCUGCUAGUUUUGCUUGAACCUCAUGGGCAAACACGAUACGCGGCAUGCCUAGUGUUGUGCCGCGGGCGAAGCGCGUCGCUGCAGCCUCGAGCGUUCGAUCCAGCGGCCUUCGAAUGCAGACCAGAAAGCAUAGCUGUAUUCGGAUUUCUACUCCGUACCAGAUGCAGUGCUGUCCACUGCCGCAGUGUCGGAUCUGACGAUACCUGUCCACAGAUCAUCCCUCUUGAACACCACCGUGACCACACUCUGUCCCGUCUUGCCACCAAAUUUGAAUGUGGGAUAUUUCGCCUCGUCGUGAUAACGCAAUCCACUAUUUUCCGUCACCAACCAUGAGAUCAAUUCCUCCUUGGUCCAGUUGCACGAAGUCACGAAGAGAAAGUUUCCGGGUUUGAUCAAUUCCACCACUCGUUCUCGGUAUGUUUCGCAGGGAUGAUGCACAGCUCCUGCUUCGGUAGUAGUAGCACUCGCAGCAGGCAUCAGAGAGAUGGCAUCAAACGUCCCCUUGUCGAGAACCACGUCGAAGCCAUCUUUCAGCCACUUUUCAUCGGCCUGUUCCGUUAACAGGUCCCACUGCACAAACUUGACUUUUGCGUACUCGCUUUCCUCUUUUUCUUCGUCGUUUUCCUCUUCUUCUUCGUCUUCUUCGUCCUCUUCUUCCCCUUCUUCUUUUUCAUCAUCAUCGUCAUCGUCAUCAUCAUCAUCAUCAUCUCCCCCUUCAUCUUCCUUCCUCCUCCCCUCAUAAAUCCUUCGCGCAAGCCUCACACUCGUCGGCGAAUAAUCCACGCCCCACAUCUCUCCUCUCCACCGCUCGCCAUAAUCAUCCUCGUUCUCUCGCAACGCCAUCAACAUGUGGCCAUUUCCCGUUCCGAGAUCCAAAAAGCGGGCUUCGGCACGAUCAAGCACACCUCCCGAUGUGAGAUCGUAGGUGGCGAGGAGCUGGAGCACAACUUCUUCUGCGUGAGACUCUUCGAACCAGUUGAUUCCUUCGUCAUCAGGGUCUUCGGUGUUGUUCUUGAGUUCGCGUUGGUAGCAUUUUUCCCAGUAUUCCUUGGUGCCGAGUUCACUGGGGUCCAGCAGCUUGCGUGUGUUAUUCUCCUCUGGGUCGGUCAUGUUGUUUUCAUGUACAUGUGUGUGAUGAGUAACAUGUAUGAGGUUGGAGGUCGAAUUUUGAUGGAUGGAGUGGGAAGAUGGAUGGAGUCAGAAGAUACAUGUAAUCUCCCAAGACUUUCCGAGCCUGCACU